AAUAUGGACCUGCAAUUUCAUUUCUUCUCCUCAACAACAAACACUUAAAAAUUACUACUCUCUAAAUUACUUUCUCUCUGUGGAUUCUUUUGCACACAAAAAGAACACCAAGUGACAUAAACUACUCAUCAUCAUCAUCACCAAUAUGGGCAGAGCUCCUUGUUGUGACAAAAAUGGACUUAAAAAAGGUCCAUGGACCCCAGAAGAAGAUCAAAAUCUCAUUGAUUACAUUCAAAAACAUGGAUAUGGUAAUUGGAGGACUCUUCCAAAGAAUGCUGGGCUUCAAAGAUGUGGAAAGAGUUGCAGGCUUCGUUGGACUAACUAUCUAAGGCCAGAUAUUAAAAGGGGAAGGUUCUCUUUUGAAGAAGAAGAGACAAUCAUUCAACUCCACGGUAUUUUAGGGAACAAGUGGUCUGCUAUUGCAGCACGAUUGUCGGGAAGAACUGACAACGAAAUUAAGAACUAUUGGAAUACACAUAUCAGAAAAAGGCUUUUGAGAAUGGGAAUUGACCCAGUGACACACAGUCCACGCCUUGAUCUUCUUGAUCUUUCGUCCAUUUUAAACCAGUCAUUUUACAAUAAUCCAUCUCAUAAUCAAAUGAAUCUUUCAAGAUUAUUAGGCCAUGUGCAACCUUUGGUAAAUCCUGAAGUCUUGAGAUUAGCUAAUUCUCUUUUAUCAUCACAACGCCAAAACUCAAAUAACUUCUUGAUCCCAAAUAACCUUCAAGAAAAUCAAAUUUGCCAAAACCAAUUGCAACAAAUGGUCCAAGAUAACCAAAUUCAAGCCCCUAUUCAAGAUUUUCCAACUUGUACAACUUUAAGUACAACCCCGUGUGUUCCAUUUUCUAGUCAUGAAGCUCAACUCAUGCAACCACCACCAACAAAUAUGGAUGACUUCUCAUCAAAUCUUGAAAACUUUAGUAACUCACAAAAUAAUUGCCAAGUUAAGGAUGAGUGGCAAUUAAGCAGUGGGGUGACUUUAACGGAUGAUUAUUUUCCUUUACAAAAUUAUGGGUACUAUGAUCCUCUACCAUCCGAUGGUUCAACAUUUCAAUCCAACGACGACAACAACAACUUCAGCUUCCAAUCAGCUGUUUUUUCGAAUUUAUCGACAACUUCAUCAAGUCCUACACCAUUGAAUUCAAAUUCAACUUACUUCAACAAUAGCAGCAGCACGACUACUGAAGAUGAAAGAGAUAGCUACUGCAGUAACAUGUUGAACUUUGAUAAUAUUCCAAAUAUUUGGGAUUCUACUAAUGAAUUUAUGUAAUUUUUACUUUUUUUAAUGGAACAGACAAACGGUUCGGAAGAGGUGUUUUAUUUCUUUUUACCUCUGAGCUUUUGGACAUGUUGUUGUUUCAUGGAAAAAAAACAUAACCAAAACAAAAAAAGAGUUACCUCUU